GUAUUACCUGCUUAAGUGCUGCACAUAGUGCACGUGUUUUCCUUUGAAAGUUGUCCCGGGUUACAAGCAGCUGUGUUCACUCAGUGCAAGACCAGGGGUCUGAACCUGGUCAGUUGAGCUGUCAUUUUGAGUUUUAGCUGGCGUCAUAGACAAAGUCACAGAUGUCUUUGUUUGUUAGGAUAUUCAGUAGAGGAGAAAAGGUGAGAAAGAAGCCCUUCCAACAUGAGGAGAUUGAGAAACUUCCAGAGGGUGAGGAGUUGCUGAUGAAAAAGAAAGAAUUUCUGAAAAAGAAGAUUGAACUGGAGCUUCUGUUUGCCAAGAAGAACAGUAGAAAAAACAGAAGAGUUGCUCUGCAGGCGCUGAGAAGAAAGAAGUGGUAUGAGAAGCAUCUUAAGUACAUUGAUUGUGUUGUUCAGGCCAUGAGGUCCACCCAUGAACACAAAUAUAAUGUCAACAAGGUGAAUGACCUGAUCAAAGACAUAGAGAAGCGGGAUGUGACUCAAGAUAUGUCAGAUACCAUCUACACUUCUGUGAGCUUUGGAGUUGAAUUUGAUGAGGAUGAGCUGCUGGCAGAGCUGGAUAGGCUGGGGAAGAAUCUGGAUGAGAACUUCUUUGAGAAGGACAGAGUGGGGGAGAGAGUCCCUUGUCCCAACGUGUUAUCCACUGCAUCACUUUCCAGUCCUGGUAAGAACCAUCUAAAGAGCAGCCAAGACAGAGGAAGAUGAAAUUGAGAAUGAUUUAGAGUAUCUGUGGCGCUGGGCAAAUGAACCCUCGCAAACAAACCAACAGCUACAACACACUGGCAUUUAAAAGAGAAGAGGAAAGUGCAGACGGAAUAAAUAUUUGUGUUUUUGAUUAUGUUUUCGUUCAUGAGUGUUUUAUGUUUAUAUUGACAUUUGAUUGUCUUUUCUCUACACCAAAGUGUCAGUGAAAGCACUUAAUGCAAUGUAUUUCAUGAAUUUCAUGAUGGCUAAAUUCUCACAGAUUUGUCUCUGACUCAAAUCUGUACCUUUUGUAUGUACUUUUUCUUUCAGCUACUCGUGCCUGAUUGAUAUAUAUUGUUUUGAUGAAGCUGUGAGGUUCUCUUAAAGUUUUGUGAAACACAGUGUUGACUUUCAUCCUGUUGGCUGUCAGCAUCCUUCUUAUUAAAGUUAUUUGU